UAGUUCAAAGAUGGCGCUACCCGGUGUUUUACUCGUGCGACUGAGAGCGCUGUGUCGCCUUGGCAAAUGUCUUCAAACUGGAGGACAAACGGCGUCAAACUGGGGCAGAGACAUGCGGUGGUGUAGGACACAAACCGGGCGCUUUCGGGAAUAUGGCACGUCGCAUUUCCAAGCUAAACGAGGAAACAUUAGCUCAAACUUACUGGAUGAAUUUCCGGAUCCCAAAAGUCUCUUAAAUAACACCCUUGCUCGCUCGCUGGGAGUCAACGACCUGUCUCAGCUCAUCCAGUACACAUGCACCGAGGAAGAGGGUGUCAAGAAAGCCACUGUUACAGUGCUGUGGCCCUGUAAGAUCGCGGAGGAAGGUUAUGCCUCCAGGAAAGUGGAUGCAGAGAGACUUGCUGCAGCUGCUGCUUGUCACAAACUAAAAGAAAUGGGUGUGAUCGGCCCAAAUAAUCAGCUCCCGAGAAGGAGAGCGAGCAGAGGGAGAGGUGUGCGGUCAUCCCUGUACAACAUCGAUGACGACCCUUGGACUGACUGUGUCCAUGAUUCCACGCUUGACCUGGUGCCACCUGUCCCUGAAAACACACCUAACUUCACUGAAGCGCUUUCUCUCUUCCCUUCUCCCAAAGCACUAUUAACCCGGGUGGUUCAGGUGGCCACAGGAUCCAACAGCAGCAAACCGAUACAGUUCAAGACAGGUGGAGGGAAGCUCAAAAGGUGUGAGCUGACCCUGCACUGGCCGCAGGAAAUGACUUUCACUGCGACAGCAAACAACAAGGCUGGAGCAGAGAAGAGGGCAGCGGCUCUCGCUUGCAUGAAACUGAAGGAACUACAGUUGCUGGAUGAGAACAACAAUCCGCUGACUCAUGCCAAGUACCACCGGGAUAAGGUGAGGCAGGCAGCAGAGAGUGAGCGGCGCCCCCUUCAAGUGCAAGUCCCGGACUACCUACAGAGCCGUAUGAGAGAAUAUCUCACACAGUACCCAGUAGAAGCAGAGGUGCAGAAACUCUGCGAGGAAGAAGACGAGAGAGAGCAGCAUGUAGCAGAGGAGGAAGAAGACUUGACGUUAGAUGCCAUCACAGGAAAGCCGUACAGGCCGCGGUCUCCGCAGGAGGAGAUAUACCUAAACAACCGCCUGCAGGAGGAAUGGAGGAGAGCCUCCCCCAGCCUCAGCGUGGAGCUGCCAGUCGACAGUCACCGGCAGCGUGUCAUCUCGGCCGUACGUUCUUCCAAGGUGGUGGUGAUCGCCGGAGAAACUGGAUGUGGCAAAACCACGCGGAUCCCACGGUUUCUCCUGGAGGACUGUGUGACGGUGGGGCAGGGGGCCCAGUGCAACAUCCUCGUGACCCAACCUCGGCGGAUCAGCGCGGUGUCAGUGGCACAUCGCGUCGCCCAGGAGAUGGGUCCUGCUCUUAAACACUCUGUGGGAUAUCAGGUGAGACUCGAGAGCAGACCACCGGAACACAAUGCCGGAGCCUUGCUCUUCCUCACAGUGGGCGUCCUGCUAAGGAAGCUGCAGUCCAACCCUGCCCUGAAGGGCAUAAGCCACGUGGUCGUAGACGAGGUUCACGAGCGCGAUGUCAACACGGACCUCCUGCUGGCACUGUUGCGCUCGAGCAUGGACAAGAACCCUGACCUACGCGUGGUGCUCAUGAGUGCCACCGGAGACAACCAGCGGCUGGCUCGCUACUUUGGGGGCUGUCCCAUUGUGAAGGUACCUGGUUUCAUGCACCCAGUGAAGGACAGAUACCUGGAGGACCUGCUGAGAGAGAUGGGGCGCCCCUUGCCUGUGCCAGAGUCGGCACAAAGCGAUGAGGUCUCUCCAGACCUGGACCUGGUCGCUGAUGUCAUUGAGCACAUUGACAGACAUGGACAACCAGGUGCUGUAUUGUGUUUCCUACCUGGCUGGCAGGACAUUAAGACGGUUCAACAAAUGCUUCAUAUGAAGCCACACUUUUCCUCUGGCUCACAGUUGAUCCUGCCAUUGCAUUCUAGUUUGUCAGUGGCGGAUCAGCAGGCGGUGUUCCAGCGCCCCCAAGAGGGCAGGAGGAAAAUUGUCCUGGCCACCAACAUCGCUGAGACCUCCAUCACCAUCGAUGAUAUUGUGCAUGUGGUGGAUGCAGGAACACACAAAGAGCAUCAUUAUGACCCACGCACUAAAGUAUCUUGUCUGGACACCGUGUGGAUAUCUCGAUCCAAUGUCACUCAGCGAAAAGGAAGAGCAGGGCGCUGUCAACCAGGGCAAUCCUACCAUCUCUUUCCACGAAAACAGCUAGACUCCAUGAGCCCCUUCCCCAUCCCAGAGAUCCUGCGCAUCCCCCUAGAGAGCUUGGUGGUUCAGGCCAAGAUCCACAGUCCAAAAUGCAAGGCUGUAGAGUUUUUAUCGCAAGUGUUGGACAGCCCAGAGCAGGGAGCAGUGUCAGACGCCGUCCGAAAUCUGCAAGACAUUGGAGUUCUUGACAGAUCAGAAACGUUGACGCCUUUAGGAGAGCGUGUGGCGUCCAUGUCAUGUGACCCACGUCUUGGCAAAGUUCUGGUCCUGAGCACCAUGUUCAGGUGCAUCCUGCCUAUGUUGUCCAUAGCCGCCUGUCUUACCCGGGAUCCUUUUCACAAUAGCCUGCAGAACCGAUCGCUGGUCACCAAGGCCAAAGCGAAUCUGAGCGACUCCAGCUUCAGCGACUACUUGGUGUUCAGUCGAGCCGUAUUGGGAUGGAGGAUACUUCAGCAAGAGGGUCACUGCAGGGACAGGGACAGCUAUCUGGAAAAGCACAUUUUGUCUAAGGCCGGCCUCAGGUUCAUCAACGGCUUGAUUUCUCAGUUCAGCGAUAACCUACGCGAGGCUCAGCUAGUGUCCCAUGCUAGCGAGUGUCAGCGUCACUCUUCACUUUUCAACAAGAACAGUGACCAGGAACACCUUCUGAAAGCGGUGCUGCUAGCAGGACUCUACCCCAACCUUAUCCAGGUGAAGAAAGGCAUUGUGACCAAAGGGGGGCGCUUCCGUCCCAACCGCUUGGCCUUCCGUACACUCAGCGGCAGCGUCCUGCUUCACCGCUCCUCUGUGAACAGAGGAAAGGAGGAGCUUCCUUGUCGAUGGCUCACUUUCUUUGGAGCCGUCAAGUCCAACGGCUCAGUUUUCAUUCGGGACUCGUCAGCAGUGCAUCCACUUGCCCUGUUGUUGCUCACAGAUUGUAACAUCACUGAGACGGUGAGCGGAGACACAGUCGAGGUGUCUUUCCCUGGUCGCUCGCUGGUGCGCUGCCAGCUGGUGGCUGACACGUGGGAGCUGCUGUGGGAGCUCCGCACAUCCAUUCAGGCCAUGCUCCAACGCAACCUCCGCAACCCGAGGAACAUAGCCACCCACAAGGCCCAGGACGGAGAGCUUGUCUCACUCCUGGUGGAGCUUCUCAAUGACACCGAACAGAAUCCGUGGGCUCGGAAUGACAGCAGCGACAGUGAAGUUGACUGAGGACAGACACAUAGCACAUAAUGGCCAGAAGGAGGUGAUGCCAUCUUAUUUAUUUUGUUGUUAAAGUAUUGUGAGUACCCUUUUUGGAUUGGUACUUUAAAUAUACUCUAGUAUAGAGGGCUCCACCACGAAAAAAAAUCAUGAACUUGUUGUAUGGAGCUUCAUAUUUAUUGCUUUAUUAAAAGCAGAUGUGUGUUGACAUUCAUUAAUGAAUAAAUUGUUUAUGUAUGAUAUUAUAUACUAUUUAAUAUAUAAUAUUUAAUACGAUGGUCAUAAAAUUGGGUUCACCUGCACCGUUUACUCAGCGCUAACGCAGGGGUAGGCAAAAGAGGUGAUAAUACAACUGCACGCUAUUGAAUGUCUCUUUUUAGAUCGGUUUUAAGUCAUACAAAUGGCCACAAGCAGGCAGAAGUGCACACAUGACAGGAAGGAGGAAGUGGAAGAUCAUGGAGGAGUGUAGCAAGGUUACUCAUUGUAGUGCAUACAUACACACACACACAGUUUAGUUUCAAAUAUAACAUUUGUAAAUGGUUCAUGGUGUUAUAUUUGUAAAUAAAUUAUUUUGAUGUAAAUCAACACGGUUUGUGUUGUUUGUUUAGAUA